CUCCAAAUGAACAUCUAUGUUCCUGCCAAACUUGCGACCAAGCCCGCUAUCAUUCUGGCCCUGCACUACUGCGGCGGUACUGGAGAAGCUUACGCUCAAUCCACAAAAUACAACAGCCUAGCUGAGCAGAAAGGUUUCAUCAACAUCUUCCCGUCCACCAAGAAGGACAACAACUGUUGGGAAGUCAACACCGCCAAGGGCCUCUCUCGCGAUGCCGGCGGUGACAACCAAGGCCUGAACAACAUGAUCCAGUACACCAUCAAGAAGUACGGUGCCGACCCGGCCAAGGUCUUUGUCACUGGAAGCAGCUCCGGAUGUAUGAUGACCAACGUCAUGAUGGCGACCUACCCCGAUGUCAUCGCUGCAGGAUCAUGCUAUUCUGGUGUCGCAGCAGGCUGUGUAGCAGGCAGCCCCGGCGCCAGCCCAAGCACUGCAGACCCGCGAUGCGCAAACGGCCAAGUUAUCAAGACGCAAGCGGAAUGGGUGGCGCAAGUCAAGGCCAUGUACCCAGGCUACACUGGCACCUACCCUCGCAUGGCGACAUGGCACGGUACUGCUGAUACCCUGGUCAAGAUUCCAAACUUGGGCGAGCAACUUAAGGAGUGGAGCGGACUGUUGGGUGUUUCGUUCACAAAGAACGUGACGAACACCCCGCAGAGCGGAUAUACACAAAUGGUGUAUGGAGAUGGAACCAAACUUGUAGGAUACAGCGCGUUGAACGUGGGACACACUGUGCCAGUACACGAAGCGGAGGACAUGAAAUGGUUUGGACUCUGAGUGAAGGAUGUCGAGAACAUGACGGAAUAUGUUCGCCUGAUUCGUUUGUAUAUACUUUCCAAUCCUGUUACGAAGACCGAAGAUCGGUAGGGCCUCUCGUUACCAAUGAAAACCAAGCACCAACACCUGCGUUAGCAAGGUCAAGUCGGUAUCAUUUCUGCCGUGCAUGUGUUGGUGUAAUCAUGAGCAUCAUGUCUCGUGGU